AUGACUCAGGAAGAAAUUGAUGAAUAUUUUCCUGAUCAUCUUCAUAAUGUGCCCGAAUAUGAUGAGGUUCAAGUAAAACAUGUAUUACAUAAAAGAAGUCACGACAACAUGGAAUUGGAAUUAAAAAUUAAUGACAAAAAACUGUACUUAAAUCCAAUUGAGGGAUAUUUUGCUGGAAAAAGAACAAAAGUUUGGAGUACCACUACUGAUCCGUUAAAUAGAAAUAAGCUUCGUUAUACAUUACAAGAAGACAUUAUGGAAGAUGUGGGUACAUUUUAUCAAGAUCUAACCACUUCUUCUGCAAUUUUACUUAGAAUAGAUGAAGAAGGAACUAGUCAUAUUAGUCCACUACCUUUUGUUAUCGAAUCUCUACGUCCUGGAUAUUCGACAUUUAUUAUGUCUGAAUAUUGUCAAAAUAGAUUUGGUGAAUUUAUGUUUCGUGAAAAAUUUUUUCAAUUACAAAAAGAUUAUGACGCUAUUAUUUUGAUGACUGAUAAAAAUCUUUUAGAAAAGGGCACAAAUGAUGUUCUUUCAGGUAUAGCAAGAGUUGGUGGAAUAUGCCGAAAUGUAAAUUAUCGUAAAUUGACUUUAUCAACUGGAAUAAUUGUUGACAAAGGAGAUUAUCAAUCUGUACUUACUGCAGCACAUGAAUUAGUUCAUUUACUUGGACCACCUCAUGAUGGAGAAGGAUCAUUUAAAAUUGUAGGUGGAAAAGGUUCCCUUGAAUGUUCUUCUAAAGAUGGUUACCUCAUGUCUUACGUUCGUGGCAGUAGAAAUGAAUUUUUCUUAUCUAAAUGUAGCCAAAAAAUAAUCUCUUACUAUACAAGCUUAGCAGUCACUGAAUGUCUUCGUAAUAGUCCGUUUGAAAAAAUAGGAACUCAAUUGACAAGAAUGCUACCAGGAAAACUAAUGACACUUGAUGAACAAUGUCGAAAAGCUGGCUAUAAUUCUGCAUCAAAAAAAAAAAAUCCAUCAGUGUGUUUGAUGCUCGAGUGUUAUUUAAGUGAAUCUGAUCAGUAUGAAUUAUUUUCUAAGGAGACAAAUGCUCCAGCAGCAGAAGGUUCGUUCUGCGGAGAUCGCAGGUACUGUUUGAAUGGAAAAUGCGUACCUGAAAUAGCAGAAACUAAGUUACCGGCUGUUGGUAAAAUAGAAAACUACAUUGCCAACUGAUGGUUAGGCAAGAAAUCGCAUUAUCAACUUCUGGUAAGUUAGAUAACUAAAGUGCCGACUGUGGGUGAGUGAUAUGUCUAAGUUGCAAACUGUUGGUAAAACAGGAAACUACAUUACCGACUGAUGGAUAGGCAGCAAAUCACAUUAUCGACUUCUGGAAAUUUAGAUGCUUGAAUUAUCGUAAAGUAAAUUAUCGUUGAUAAAGUGGAAAACUGAAUUACUGACCAAAACAAACCCAUCAACAAAAAUCACAUUUUUCCGCUU